UCUCUUGCAGAAUAACCCCGCAACAAAGCCAAAAGCCUCAGCCUAAGCAGGUUUCUGUAGCUCACUAGCGCUCUCUCUCUUCCACCCACUCUCUGUCUGCGAUUCUCCUUAGACGCUCACUGCUUUUACUUCCUCGCCUCUCUCGCAAUCAUGGCUCCUGAGCUUCUUCAAUCUGCAAUGAAACCCGUUGGAUUCACCAAGCCAGCGACUUUGCCUAGCCGGGCUUACGUGACUUUCUUGGCUGGCAAUGGUGAUUAUAUAAAAGGCGUUGUUGGGUUGGCCAAAGGCUUAAGGAAGGUGAAAACGGCUUACCCAUUAGUGGUGGCGGUUUUACCUGACGUGCCCGAGGAGCACAGGCGGAUCCUUGAGUCACAAGGCUGCUUAGUCCGGGAGAUUGAACCCGUUUACCCUCCAGAAAACCAAACUCAGUUCGCCAUGGCAUAUUACGUCAUCAAUUACUCCAAGCUGCGUAUAUGGGAGUUCGUGGAGUAUAGCAAGAUGAUAUACCUGGACGGGGACAUCCAGGUAUUCGAAAACAUAGACCACCUAUUUGAUUUGCCUGAUGGGUACUUGUACGCUGUAAUGGACUGCUUCUGUGAGAAGACCUGGAGCCACACUGCACAAUACAAGAUCGGCUACUGCCAACAGUGCCCUGACAGAGUCAAGUGGCCUGCUGAGAUGGGCCAGCCCCCAUCUCUCUAUUUUAAUGCUGGUAUGUUUGUGUUUGAGCCCAGCGUUUCCACAUACCAUGAUCUGUUGAAGACCGUUAAGAUCACUCCUCCUACUUCAUUUGCAGAGCAGGACUUUUUGAACAUGUACUUCAAGGAUAUUUACAAGCCAAUUCCUCUGGUUUACAAUCUUGUUCUUGCAAUGUUAUGGCGUCACCCGGAGAAUGUGGAGCUCGACGAGGUGAAAGUCGUUCACUACUGUGCAGCGGGCUCUAAACCAUGGAGAUACACGGGCAAAGAGGAGAACAUGCAGAGAGAGGACAUAAAGAUGCUGGUGAAGAAAUGGUGGGACAUUUACAACGAUGAGUCGCUGGACUACAAGAAACCUGCAGGAGACGGGGAUGCCGAGCCAGUUAAAUUACAGCCCUUCAUUGCAGCUCUUUCCGAAGCUGGUGCUCUUCAAUACGUCACAGCUCCAUCAGCUGCUUGAAGGGCGGAAUAUGUAAAAGAGCAAAAGCUAGCAAUUGUACAUAUCUAGUGGGAGACCAAAAAAAAAGAAAGAAAAAAAAAAGAAGGAAAGAAAGAAAAGGGGGCAUGCAAGUCCUUCCACAGAGAAAUUAGGUGAAGAGAUCUGGGGUCAAAUGAAGAGGAACAAGCUUUUGGUUUUGGGUUUUGUUUCUAUCUCGUCGUUUUCUGAAUUCUCAGUUUCGUACUUGUCCUAGCAUCAUCCGGAGACCGAGUCACGGGUGGAUGUGUAAACAGGGAUAAAUAUUCCUAAUUUGUAUUAGGAGUUGUAAUCUAUUAGAGAAAAUAAUAUUAAUUGUGGUUAAUUAUCUAA